AAGGAAGAUGUCUGAAGAGACAGUCUGCCCUUCCUGGACUGUGCAGUCCACAUUGAAAAAGCCAAAAUCCUCAACAUUGAGGUGUACAGAAAACCUUCACAAAGUUGCUGUUCGACUCUCAUCACCCACUCGAGCGCAAGCUGGGGGUCAUCAGAACCCUAAACCAUUGGGCUGAGACCGCGCCCAAACUGGACCUUUGUCAAAACCUCUAAAAGAUCCAGAACAAAUUCAUAAUCAUCAGCUGCAAGAGGCGGCUGUUUUGGGGGCACACAACCCCAGAAAAGUUCUUCAUCGAGGCCUGCGAUGAGGGGGCUGAUGCAGUGCUGGCAAUCGACAGGGUCUCAAAUGAGAUGACCCUCACAGGCAAGAAAGAUGUUCCACCCUCAGCAGUCACCAGGCCUAUCUGUGGCAUCAUGGGAACUAUCCGCUUGGUUGCAGGGAUGUACCUGAUCGUCAUCACCAGGAAGAGGAAUGUGGGCAGCCUGCUGGGACAUGCUGUGUGGAAGGCUGUGGAUUUUGACAUGAUCUCGUACAAGAAGACAGUGCUGCAUCUUUCGGAGAUCCAGUCUCAAGAGAAUAAGACUUUCCUGUCCAUGAUCAACAAUGUGCUGACCACAGAUGGCUUCUACUUCUGCACUGACUACGACCUGACACACACUCUGCAGCGGCUGGCUAACACAAGCCCUGACUUCCAGGAGAUGAGUCUGCUAGAGAGGGCAGAUCAGAGGUUUGUGUGGAAUGGUAAUCUCCUGAGAGACCUGGCUGCUCAGCCGGAGCUUCAUAAGUUUGCUCUUCCAGUUGUCCAUGGAUUCAUCGUCAUGAAGCCAUGUCGUAUAAACGGCAAAAUCUUUGAGUGGAUCCUCAUAUCCAGAAGAAGCUGCUUCCGGGCCGGCGUCCGAUACUACGUUAGAGGCAUCGACUCUGAAGGGCACGCCGCCAACUUUGUGGAGACUGAGCAAAUAGUUUUGUAUGAGGGGACAAAGGCUUCGUUUGUACAGACACGGGGCUCCAUGCCCUUUUACUGGAGUCAGAGGCCAAACCUCAAAUACAAACCUAAACCUAUAAUCAGCAAAACCACCAAUCAUUUGGAUGGUUUCCAGAGGCAUUUCGACUCUCAGCUCCUCAUCUAUGGGAAGCAAACUAUUCUGAACCUGGUUAAUCAAAAGGGCUCAGAGAAGCCACUGGAGCAGGCCUUUGCCAAGAUGGUAUCUGGCAUGAACAAUGGUAUGCUCAAUUACAUAGCCUUCGACUUCCACAAAGAGUGCAGCCGCAUGAGAUGGGACCGUCUCCAGAUCCUGGUGGAUUCUGUCGCUGAGACACAAGAUGAGUACAGUUACUUCAUGGUGAACUCGGAGGACAAGACAGUGGCUCGGCAAAGAGGCGUCUUCCGCAGUAACUGCAUGGACUGCCUGGACAGGACCAAUGUCAUCCAGAGCCUCCUGGCUCGACGCUCCCUACAGUCUCAGCUUCAGAGGAUGGGGGUUCUCAAUGUGGGUCAGAGGAUUGAAGAGCAGGCCGAGUUUGAGAAGAUCUACAAAAACGCAUGGGCUGACAAUGCCAAUGCAUGCGCUGUACAGUAUGCAGGAACUGGGGCCUUGAAAACAGACUUCACAAGGACGGGAAAGAGGACACGGUUGGGGCUUCUGAUGGAUGGUUGGAACUCCAUGAUUCGCUACUACAAAAACAACUUCUCUGAUGGAUUCAGACAGGAUUCCAUUGACUUGUUUCUGGGUAACUUUGCUGUCGAUGAGUCAGACGGACCCUCUCCUCUUCGCGUGCAGAAGGACUGGAAGUUCCUCACGCUGCCCAUCAUUAUGCUGGUGGCAUUUUCCAUGUGCAUCGUCUGUCUUCUCAUGGCAGGUGACACGUGGACGGAGACGCUGGCCUACGUGACGUUCUGGGGGGCUGCCAGCGCCAUCACGGCCACUAUCAUCCUGUUUAACGGCCAGGACUUUGUGGAUGCCCCCAAACUGGUUCACAAGGAGAAGAUGGACUGAGUGUGUGUGUGACAGUGUGAAUAGCUGGGCCCAGCAGGCUCAUAUACCUCGUCAUCUUCACCAACUUCUUCCUCGGGUCUGGACUCUAAAGUGAUCUACUGCCUCUGUACUGCCCUGUUAAACACUCUUUAUCUGUCAUUCGUCUACAACAUAUGUUACUGUCUUCUGUUGCGCUCCACACAUUCCUUCGUAUGGUUUACAUUGAACUUCCUACAUUACUCGGACUGUAUCUUUGGGUUGGUUUCACAGGUUUUUGGAUGUUUUUUUGCUUUUAUGUUGUCAGUGAGUGUCCGUGAUGGCAGUUUUCAGUGGUCUGUCCAAAAGUACAAUAACACUACUGCUCAUUUCCCUCAUUUGCGUACAAUUCUUAACAUUUUAAAAUCUGUAAAGAUGUUGCAACAGGCUUUAUUUACCUUCGGGUGAAAGACCCUUCAUGACCACACAAGUGUUUUCAUCUACUCUGGCUAAUUAAACCGUCACUCAGAUUGCAGUUGGGCGCAGAGAUUUGUGUCGAGGGUCGAGAACAUUCCGUUUUUACCCGCCAUCUUUUAAUGCUCACGAAGCCUGUUUUAAUAGCACUUAAGUUUCAAAAGCAACUCACAAUACCAUUUUAAUAUACAGAAAAAAACUUAAGAGAUUACACAUUUACAAUGGCAGCAUUGAAAAGACUAACAGAGACUUCAGUCACUUUACACGUCAACACCUCAAGAAGUGUGGUGUUUUAACAGUGACAGAGGAGGGCACUAAAACAAAGCAGCAGAUACCUUAACAUGCAGGUAUGAACUGCAUUUUUUUUACAGAAUAAGACAAUUAAAAUAUGAACAAACCGUGUAUAAGAAAUUAAAUUGAACUCAACCGACCUGCCUGUAGGCAAGCCUGAACUCAACCCUUCCUCCUGCUCCACAUGGACUUAAACUUGAUGCCAACUUGAGCAUUAUCAAACGUAUCAAGGGAAACCGCCGCGGAGGUGAUUGUCAUUAUUGUAUCAUUGCCUCAACUUCUUUGUAACCGGUUUAAUUGUGUUCUUAACCACACGCCCCGCUGCCACACUGGAAACUGUAAUAACCAGCACCCCUUCCAGCCAGAGCUUUGUAGCCGAUCCUCCAAGCGUUCACUUUGCCAGGAGGAAAUCCUGCAGCGUGGGCGCCUCCCUCACCAGGCACGCAGCGGACACAGACGCACUCCGAGUCCUGCAGUUUCGAGCUCCACAAUGUGCUGUCAGCACCUGGAUAGCGAUGGUGUGUGCUACAGGAAGUCUUCAUGUAGUUAUUGAUAGCAUUGUGUGUAAAUGACUAACAUCUGUAGAUUGUCCUCAGAGUUUGAACCUGUGACAAUAAUGGAGAGCCAUCAGAUUUUUGCGUCAUUGUUAAAAAAGGCUGGGCUCAAAUUUCAGCAGUAUCGGGCUGAUUUAACCCCAGAUUUGCCCCUCCAGACACCUUGAGACUAAUGUUAGCCAGCACAUUACUGCGGAUGAAUAAUAAAACUGACCUGUCACCUCCUGUUCUCGUUCUCAAAGUAUUAACGUUAUCAGAGCAAGCUCUCUCUGUUUGUUUGAGUUCAUGUGAGGUGCUGCUUCACUCCCCCUGGCACGAUAAUCUUCAUAAUAUCCUGUAGUGUGUGUGUGUGUGUGAUGCGCCAUUACUUUCUUUAAGUCUUGUAGCGUGCGCAGGUUUGAGAUUACAGAGAGGAACAUCUGUGAAGGUUCUCCUUAUGUACAUGAUGCAACCAGACUUCAUUUGGUGAGGAUUUUUCAAAAGUCCUGUCAUGUGAGCCCAUCCUAAGGCGACUUCCAGACGGGUGUGGCUGUGCUGGAAAUUCUGUGGUGUCACCAAACUCUACAAACUAAUAAGAUUGAUAAAAAUUGUAAGAUGCCCAUCCUGACGGGGCAACACAGAAGUGGGGGAGAAGUUCAUUGCAGUUUUUUUAAAAAUAUAUAUACCUGAACACAGGUCUAAGGUCUUGUCUAAGAGGUUUAAACAAGCAACAACAUUCAAAUGUGUAUGGAUUGACUGUGAGUGUGUAUAUAGGGCCUUUAAAUCUGCAUUCAUUGUUUUGUUUCCUUUGACCAGUUGUGGGCACUGAUACAGACUUAAAAAUACAAUAUCUGACAUAUUAUCACUGAAUAAAGUUAAUGCGGAAAAUGUGUUAUCAAA